AUGACGGGACAAAUGACUUCUACCGGCCGAGGCGGCGCUGGCAACAUCGCUGAAGUCUCCAAAUCCCCCAAGAUCCAACCGACUGACCUCGAGACUCCGACUCUAAAAACAUCCGUCGUUACUACCGGCCGCGGUGGCUCCGGUAACAUGGCGCCGAAUAAGGAUCCCGUCGAGACGCGAGCACGCCAGGAUGUCGAGCCUAUUGAGCAACGCCCGAGCCAAGGUGUAGCCCAUGUCGGGCGCGGAGGAGCAGCCAACGUCGUGAGACUGAACAGCGAGGAGGCCGAGAUCUCCAAGACGAGCCUCGACGGUUCGGCUGCUGCCGGCGCCGAGGACCACCACGGCGGGAAGACCCAUGCCAACGGAGCCAAUGGGCUGGCGGCUAAGGCCAAGGAGUUCUUCAAGAAGGUUUAG